CUCAUGAUUUUUUCAAAAUUUUUUUCGUAUUAGGUACAAUAAAAUAACACAAUGAGAUCAAAAUUUGGUGCACUACAACCAUUUUAUAUCUUUGCUUGCCGCCGCAGCAGCACUACCUUAUGGCUACGGCUGCAUAGUGCAUGAAGCUGUCAAAGAAUGCCAUGCAUGCACUGCGUGUAGUCUGCACUAGCAGAACGUUUCUUUGGAACGUCAGAAACAAAACACUAGCAACAACUGCGUGUAGACAGAAAUCAUAGUACACAAACUUCACUCGGUUCUUAUCUAAUCGGUAAUUUUGUAUGUGUCACUUCGAUUCCAAAUAACAAUAAACAUUGAUGAGGCGUUGACGCGUAAAAUGUGUCAAACUUGACUAUCGAGCGUCCACAAAUAUUUUUUUUAAAUUGAAUACACAAGGGUACAAAGAUGAAGUGACAGCUCAUGCAAUUGAAGAAAAUUCGUCAUUCCGCUGGCUCUCAGUAAAUGACUCAGUAAAUUCUCUCAAAUACUUUUUCAUUAUCAUCGCGUAAUGCAAUAUUGCUAUAUUGCGAGCUGCGAAGUUUGACAUUUGAAAAAAUUCGCGACAUGUUCGAUCUCUAAGCUUCAUCCAUACAUGACGAUUUUACCUUGCAGCAAAUAGCAUAUAAUUAGAGACAAACUUGCAUUGUAACUGAUGAUGCAAAAAUCAUUUAUCUUGAAAAAUGGCAGAAAGUCAACAAUUUUUGGGAUGGAAACAGUAUUCUAUGGAACCAGUAGCUUUUGCACUAACAUUUGCUUAUUCAAUAUGUGAUAAUGUCUACACUGACCUUAUCAUAUAUCAAACAUGCAAAACCAUAACUGGUUUAAAUAGUAGUGAAUGUGACAUCCUGCAUGAAAAUAGUACUACAAAUAGAGCCAAUGAAAUCGAAAAGUUAGUGCAACCUCAUACAGGUUCAAUAUUUAUAUUAGAUUCAUGCAUAAAGACUAUUUUUCCAACAUUAAUGGCCCUAUUUCUGGGACCAUGGAGUGAUAAAAAUGGCAGAAAGCCAUUGCUGAUAGUGCCCUUCCUUGGUUAUGCAUUAUCCUAUGCAAUUUUGGCUUUAAUGAGUAAUUUCAAUUUAAGUCCAUACUGGUUUUUAUUAUCAUCGAUACCUGGAUCAAUACUAGGUGGAUUCCCCACAAUUUGCUUGACAUUCUGGUCUUAUAAAGCUGAUAUUACGGAUAGUCAAAAUAGAGCUUGGCAUCUUGCAUGUCUUGAGACAUUUUUCUUUGGAGGAUUUUUGGGUGGACUAUUUGUAGGACCUUACACUUUUAGACAUGCUGGAUAUAUGGUUGUGUUUCUCAUAGCUUCUGCAAGCUGUUUGAGUGCAACUAUCUAUUCAGUUUUCCUUGUUCCUGAAACAAUACAAAUUCAGCACCAAAGGGCUUUAAAAGAUGUAUUUGACUACAAAUUAGUAAGAGAUUUAUUCAAGGCAGUAUUGAAAUCAAGAGAUGGAUUUGAUAAAUUUUUAGUCUGGAGUUGUGUCCUAUCAAUUGCUAUAAAUGUCUCAAUUAUGGAAGGAAAUGGUUCCAUUCUAUUUUUAUUUACGAGUUACAAAUUACAAUGGAAUCUUUCAGACGUUUCCAUAUAUUCUGGUACCAAUCUCCUACUCACAAUCAUUGGAAUGUUAUUACUGAUCAAACUUGUUGGAUCAAUUUUAAAACUACCUGAAACUGUCAUUGUUGUGUUGUCCUGUUUAUCAACUUCUAUAAGUUGUUUGGGAAAAGCUUUUGUAUCAAAACCAUACCACAUGUACAUCACUGCAGGAAUUGGCAUGUUUAGUGCUUCAGCUGUUCCAGCUAUCAGAUCUAUAGUGUCAAAAACAGUCCCUCAAGAUGAUUUAGGAAAAACUUUUUCAGUAAUAACAAUUGUGGAAAUGAUUAUACCGUUUGCUGCUACACCAUUGUACCUGUACAUUUAUACCCAUACACUUGAUAUGUUUCCUUGCCCAGUUUGGUUUUUGUCUGCUUCAUUGCCAAUAGUUAAUAUUAUAUUAGCUAUCAUGAUAGAAUAUAGAUGGAAAGUUCUUAAAAAUACUCAGUAUAGUGAAAUUGUAACAGAAAGAGAUUGAUAAUGAUAAGAUUUUUACAAUUUUCAUUAUCAAAGUAACUUUUAUAUAUCCUUUAUUUUUAAUUACUUGACAAG